GCGAUAAAACCAUGUUCCUAUAAAUAGUCCCCCAUACAAUGGAAAUUUAAAGCUUUCAUCCUUCUAAGAAACAACUGCCACUCCUAGCUUAAUUGUCGUAAGAAACCAACCAUGGCAUCCGUACCUAAAAAUGGUCCCAAUUUCCAAGCAGUUCACUCCAGAAUCAUAUUUGUCUUUGUUAUCAUCCUAAUUCCAUUUGUCUCUUCAUCUGAUUCCGCCGUUGCUCGUGCUUCUCCUGCAACUCAAACAGUUGCAAAAAAUAGUGAAGCAGUCGCUCUCUUGAUGUGGAAAGCUAGCCUUGACAAUCAAAGCCAAUCUCUCCUUUCAUCAUGGAAUGAAAGUAGUCAUUGCACUUGGGUCGGAAUUGGUUGCAACGAGGCCAGUAAAGUAACAAAUUUAAACCUUGACAGUAUUGGUUUGAGAGGGGGAAGAGAGGAUCAAUGCAAAGGCGGUGGCAGAAUUCACAAAUUAUUGUCGAGCCACAGAGGAGGGAAGAAAUGGAAAUGGAACCAGUCAAGCAGUGGAAAUACAGUGUCGGGAGAGACCACAACAGGGGACGUUGAAGAUCAACAUUGAUGGUUCAUUUAUAAAGGAAACAGAUAGAGGAGGAAUGGGUUUUGUCGUUAGAGAUCAUCUGGGAAGCAUUCUAAGUAUGGAAGCCAUUCCAAUCACAAAAGCAUGCUCAACUGACAUGGAGGAAGCGAUGGGAUUUUGUAUGGCAGUGACCCGUUUGCAGAAUUUGGGAAGGCAUAAUGUUGUCUCAGAAGGUGAUGCUCAGAAGAUCGUUCGUAUGCUGCAAGGAAGGAGCUCGAUCAAGGCUGAUUUGGAUGUCAUCAUUCAUGAUACUUUAGCUUUAUCUUGUACUCUAAACUCUUGUUCUUUUAAUUUUAUUCCUCCCACGUGUAAUAGGAUGGCUCAUUUGAUAGCCAAGUAUGCUCUAUCUCUUGUUUCUCCACUGACUUGGAAUGGGGACUUUCCCACCUUGUUGGAAGCGUGUUUGAAUUGAGACUUUUGUGCGAUUAAUAAUGCUACAUCCCCAAAGUAUUGUGUGUCC